CAUACCACACACAAACAAGCUAAUAACCUAGUAAUAUUCCAACGCGCGACCUCGGCAGUCGGCGCGACGGCUCACAAUCCUGUUUCGCUCGGCGUGACCACCAGAAUUCCAUUUCAAUAUUAUUGAAUAACAUUUUUGUUCCGUAACCAUGUCCAGUAACGUUCCAUAUUAUGUAACUGCCACGGUUACUGCAGCUGGUGUUCUGGGUAGCGCUUACUGUGCUUACCGCCUGUUUCAAGAAAAACCAGUGAAACUUCCAGAAAAAUGGGAACAAGUUGGAGUUCUGACGGAAAUCAACGUGUACCCAAUCAAGUCAUGUGGCCGCGUUACGUUAGAAACGGUUGAAUGUACUAACAUGGGGUUGAGAGAUGGAUGGCUUCGGGACAGGGUUCUGAUGGUUGUCGAUGAUAAAGACAACUUCAUAACAGCGAGAGGUUUCCCUGAACUCUUGGCUGUGCAGCCCACAAUUAGAAAUUCUGUUCUCACUUUAGAACAUCCUAACAUGGAACAACUGCACGUCAAUCUAGCUGAGAUUGUGGCUCUGCAGAAACCAAAGACGGCAGUUGUUUGGGGCGAUCCUGUUCCCGUGUAUGACUGCGGCUGGGAGGUGAGCGAGUGGUUCUCAAGAUUGAUUGACCGUUCACCCCUAAACUUCCGUCUUGUAUACUAUGCAUCCGAAAACUGCCGUAAACUCCGCGGCAAUACCAACAAGGUCUACAAAUUCAGGAAAGAAGAUACGGGAGCUUUACCUGAUGAGACUUCCUUCAACCUCGUCAACGAAGCGUCAGUUGACGACUUGAACACCCGUCUGUCGGACUGUAAGGUCUCAACUAAAAACUUCAGACCUAACUUCGUGCUCAAAGGCGCCAAGCCUUAUGAUGAAGACAACUGGAAGUUCGUGAAAAUCGGCGAAAAUGUGUUUGAGAUAAUCAAACCUUGUCUAAGAUGUGUCUUGACCACCAUCGAUCCUGAAACCGGUAUUCGCAAUGCCAACACGGAACCAUUGCAAGAGUUGAAAAAAUACCGUCAACUCACAAACCCCGAGGAACGUAAAUCCGGUGGUAGCUCUCCUAAGAUGGGAUUACAGAUGGCAUUGCGCAGUGGUCCUGGUGGAAAGAUUUCACUCAACGACCCUAUUUACGUAGCAUAGGCGGUUGUUUUUUUUUUUUCGACUAAAGUUGGUUUUAUUGGGACUACCCCACAUUAUUGCAUUAUUUUUAACUCGUAUGUAUAUUGUGGUGUAUUCAAUUAUGAAUUAUUAACAUGAAAUAAAAGAAGGAAAUGUU